CUGAGACGAGGAACAACAGAGUGCUUCAGGGAAGAAAGGUUAUAACAGGUGUGCUUCCGCACCCAUUUUAGGUUCUGACUAAACUUUUGGAGUAAACCCCGCGUCAGCUGCGGUGACUGUAGCAACAACAACAAAAAAAAAGGCGGUGUGGUCCACAUCAUAUAGCCCGUGGCACCAGAAAAGAAGAAGCGUCUGAACGUGGGUGCCUUAAGUUUGUCUGUAAGCCUCCUUUUUACCACGUCCGGGCACCUCCUAAACAACAACAACAACAGACGCCAGGUUACAUACAGCCGUCAGUGUCUCGGUGGUUUCGCACGGGAAGCGAACUCGAGCUCGGCGUUUUUUUUUGCAGCAGUUAGCUAACUGGUCGCGCGGCCGCGAGCCACGUUUCUGUGUUUCUAACGUGACUCAGUGGGUGAAUGCUACGCCUCGUUUCUGUUCGGGUGUUGCCUGCCUGCCUGUUUGGCUGGCUGGCUGGCUGCCGAGCCUCUGCAGCAGCAACGCCGCGCUCCUGCCGCUCCUGCUGCGGUUUCCUGUCCCUCCUGACGCCGCCGUUCGCCACUGAACGACGUCGACCUUUAUUUGCUUUGAGCGCAGAUGCCCAUGUGCGCCCAGCACCAGCAGUAGCGCGAUGGGAUCCCUGAAGGCUCUCCAGGAGUGGUGUCGGAUACAGUGCGAGAACUACAGCGAUGUGGAGGUCAGGGACAUGUCCUCGUCCUUUCGCGACGGGCUGGCGUUUUGUGCCAUCAUCCACCGCCACAGACCAGAUCUGAUAGACUUUGACUCACUUUCUAAAGAAAACGUCUAUGAGAACAACCGACUGGCGUUCGAGGUGGCAGAGACGGAGCUGGGAAUCCCAGCCCUACUGGACCCAGAGGACAUGGUGUCCAUGAAAGUGCCCGACCGGCUGAGCGUCAUCACAUACGUGUCUCAGUACUACAACUUCUUUAACAACAAGUCACAAGCAAACCCCCCUUCUAUGAAGAGGCUAGGUACAGGUGCUCAUGAUGAACCAGCCCAGAAAAGGCCGGCGACUCCUUCAGAAGACAAAGAGCUCGAUCCUGAGACGCGUGCAGAGGUGGUCGCAGCCGCCAAGCGCAGCUCUCUGAGCAGCACUUGCGCUGCUUGUCAGAAGCACGUUCACCUGGUGCAGAGGUUUCUCAUCGACGGCAAGCUUUACCAUCGGAGCUGCUUCAGGUGCACAGAGUGUCGCAGCACCCUGCUUCCUGGGUCCUACAAAGGAAACGAGUCGGGGGCCUUGGUUUGUACGCGCCAUCUUUCACGCCACACUUCAGCCAAUCAGAACGGUCGUCCAGACCUCAGUAAAAAACCCGAGCAGCUUCGGUCUGCUAGGACCGGUCGCAGCGCAGCUCUUCAGCCCGUUCUUCCCGAGAGGGAUGAGACAAAGAGCCCGUCUCCAUCGCGCUCGACAAACACUCCAGCUGACGACUCCGCCUCAGCGCCUGCUGCAAUGACGACUACGGAGGAGUCCUUGGACCAGGACAAAGAGGAGGAAGCACGUCCUUCCUCUCCUCCUAACCCUUUUGAUGAGAGUGAUGAAGAGGAGGAUGAGGGGGAAAAAGAGGAAGAAGGGCAGACUGUAGCAACAUCAAAUGGGGAUCUUCCUCCUGCCUCUGACGGUAAGGCUGCUGAAGUCAGUCGACCUGUGCCUGCACCCAGAAGGGUGUCAGAAGCCGCCCCCCCACCUCGCCCAGCCCCUCGUGUUCGGCCACCCGGCACCGCAAACAGCUCUCCAGCCGGUGAACAUCUGAAGCCUCCAACUCCCCCCAAGCCCAGAGAGAGAUCACAGUCUCCUGGAAGUGGCACCCAUAAACCUAAAGACCCACCUUGGCUUGCCCUGGUCCAAUCAGAAUCUAAGAGGAAGAAAGCCCCUCCCCCACCCCCUCCUGGAAUGGCAACACCUCCAGACACGGGCUCUCUGUCUUCUCUCCAAGCGGAUGCCCCGGAGCGCACGUCCCCUCAGCCCCCCAACCCAUUUGAGGAUGAGGAGGAUGAUGAAGUGAACGAAGAAGAGGGUAGCGAGGGAGGGGCGGUUCCACCCGCAGUGGCGGCCACCCACCCGUGGUACAAAAUCACUCAGACGUCCGAUGCAGCAGGUGCAGACGUCACGCCCACAAAGGGAAGUUCGUCCCGUUCUGCCAGCCCAGGGAGCGCUAAGAGCAAGAAACGGCCAGCGCCUCGUGCUCCACCCCAGCCGCCCGCUGGUAACCAAGCUCUGUCUCACUCGCAGCCCUCCUCCUGUUCUCCCUCUCCAGCUCUCAGCAUAGAGAGUUUGUCCUCCGCCUCAGACCACAGCUCCUCCCAGCUCCCCCUGGGGGCCAGUGCCAGCAGCGACCAGGAACAGAGCUUCACCAAGAGCGUCUCCGAGCCUUCCAUCUCUUCGCCCGCCGACAACCCGUCUUCCUCGUCCUCCUCGACAGAUUUCCUAAACCACGCCUCCCAAAGCUCUUCCCCCUCUCCCAUGCCUCCAAAUGCCAGCUCCGCUCCGGCCACUCCGCAGACCAGCCGCAACUCGGCGGCCAAGCCACCGCGACCGGCCACCACUCCCAGCCCACUGGCCACGCAGUCACACAACAAACGGUUCUGUAAGGAGAAUCCAUUUAACCGGAAAGCAUCGUCGCCCAGCGCUACGUCUGAACCCCGGCCUUCAAGAGGUCCUCGUCCUGCCAGACCCCCGGCACCAGGACACGGCUUCCCACUUAUCAAACGCAAGGUGCAGUCGGAUGAGUACAUCCCCGUAGAGGACAUCAACGCCGAGCUGCUGCAGCUGGAGAAACAUCUGGAUGAGUUGGAGCAUAGAGGAGUGGAACUGGAGAAGAAGCUGAGGGACAACCCUAACGAUGAGGACGAGGAGCGCCUCCUGGUGGACUGGUUCACUCUGAUCCACGAUAAACAUCAUUUAGUGCGACGUGAAGCCGAGCUGGUCUACACGGCAAAGCAGCAGAACCUGGAGGAGAGGCAAGCUGACGUGGAGUAUGAGCUGAGGUGUCUCCUCAACAAACCAGAGAAAGACUGGACUGAGGAGGACAAGAGUCGGGAGCAGGACCUAAUGGCUGAGCUGGUCACCAUCAUCGAACAGCGCAACCAAAUAGUUAACAACAUGGAUCAGGAGCGGCAGAGGGAAGAAGAGGAAGACAAACUAAUGGAGGCCAUGCUGAAGAAAAAAGACUUUCACAAGGAUCCAGACGGCGACCACCAGAAGAAAAAAGGGAAAAAGUUUAAGCCCAUCAAGGUGCUGAAGAGGCUGAGCCAUAAAGGAGAAGCAGGAAAGAGCCACAGCCCUCAUAAGGAGAAGAGCUGAGGCGCAUCAAGAGGAUGCUAGACUUUUUUAACAAGACUAAAGGAGUUUUUAUUAAGAGGGAUUAUGAAACUAAUCAGGUCAAGAAGAGCACCUUCACAUGCAACAUUGCAUCUGCUCGCGCUCCUAAAACCUCUGCAGUGACUUUUUCCAUCUGCCUCAGUGUAUUUUAAAGUGAAAGUCUAACAAGCAAGUGCUUUAUGAGCUUCUAGCUCCGAGUAUUGAACACGGUAAGGACAUUUUUAUCGUGCUGCACUGAUUUGUUUUACGUCCAAGCUUUACUCUUCCAGUGUUGCUCAGUGACCACGCUUCAUGAAGGCUGAAAGGACCAGGCAUUAAGCUUGCUCUUAGUUUUAAACCUGAGAUCCAGGUUUAUUUUAGAGAUCUGAACUUUGUAGUCCGAGCUCAUGUUCCCGUGGAGCUUUGACCUGCUAAACCCGUUUUUAACAAAAUUCAGUUUCACUUUGGGAAAAAAAUAUAUAAGAAAAUAUAAGAACUGCGUUCAAAUGAUUAUUUUCCACCUUUCUUUUCCCUGAGCGGUCAGUGACGGUUAAUCUUAGGAGCAGAGGUCAUUUCAGGCUGUAUGUGAGAAAGCAGUUGCUGUAAAACAGGGUAAUACUUGUCUUAAAAUUAUUAUAAAGUUGACAUUUAAGUUGUAUUUAGUUGUUUUAUAGCAUUUAGCAUGGUUGUGUGUGUGGCUGGAAUUACAAAAACAGUUUUUAAUUUUUUAGAAAAUGUCAAUCUGUUCUUGAAUGUUGGGAUUUCCAGCAAUUCCAACUCCUGCAUAUUCAAUAACGGAUCGAUAUUUAAAGCUACAAUAGAGCAGAACAACUAUGAUGUGUUCAGCCUUCCUGUUAUCUGCUGAAUGUGUCACUCUCUCUCGAUCUCUGUCAACCUGUAUGCUGUGGGAAAAGGUUUUCGUUUUGAAUAUUUUCUCAGAUGAUUCAAUCUUCCUCUAAUUGCACACCUCAGCGAUGAGGAAAAUGGUCUGCAUACAGUAACAGUUUCCACGCCUGAGCUUGUUGUAACCGAGACAUGAUGGUGCCGAAGGACGGUACAUCUCUGUUUUACACAAUUUGAUUUAACUUGCACUUCCUCAGUAUCACCUGGACUCACCUUAUCUUUUUCAUCCUGUCUGGUUUGAACUUGUUCAAUUAAAAUGUAAUGUAUUUUUUUUUGUAGGAUUUAUUUUUGUUCUUUUUACUUUAAACUACCAUAUUUUUUCAAACCAUAAGGCGUACCGGAUUAUAAGACGCACUGUGAAUUAACGUGUCUAUGUGCGUCUUUAUCCACACAUAAGGUGCACCAGAUUUAUAAGGCGCAUUAAAUAUUCUUCCCAAGUGUGUAAUAUCACUGCUCCACGAACACGGCUUUCUCCUGAGAGGGAGAGUUAUACGUCUCUGCCGG